GAUACCACUCACACCACUGCGAUCACUAAUCUUCUAAGUGAAGAUACACGAGAAUCUCGACGAGUAUUCAUCUAUAUCUAUUCAAUACUGUGCCGUCUUGAGGAGCCCACACGAUGAGUCAAUCCGACAUUACAGAAAAUGAGUCGCGAAAGCGCCCUAGCGACGGCGAGCAUGAAGAAGCAAUCUCACCUAAGCGACAGCGGACCAACGAAUCCGAGUCUCGUCCCGUCACUCCAGUUGAAGUCGUUCCAGCGACAACGAAGCUAAAGCAUGAGGUAGUCAGCCAACCUACUGCGGAUGAUUUCGGAAGACAGGGUUUGAAGAUAUCAAUUGCGUUGGCGUUAGAACACAUUGGUUUCGAGUCUGCUACGAAAGAAGCUUUGGAAAGUUUUACGGAGACGGUUGACACAUACAUCACCGAUUUCGUGGUUUCUCUUCGACGUGUCGCGAAUGCGGCAAGGAGAAAUGAUCCCAUACCUGAGGAUUACGAAUUGAUCCUACGCCAACACAAUAUCACCACAUCCUCCUUAAAGCCACACCUGAAGAAUCCCGUGCCAAAAAAGCGCCUUACACCGUCUUUUUACAAUCCUAUUACGGAAGACCUCGGGCAUCUAUUGAAGCCACGACCGUUCUUAGGCGAAGAGCUAUCUGGUGAGAAAGAGAAAGAAGAGCGAUCUUAUAUACCCAAGGAUUUCCCGCCGCUUCCACCUCCUCAUGCGUACAAAUUUACCCCAUUGCAGAAGGAACCCGAUAUUAAGAAGGAGCAAGUACAAGCGGAGGCAGAUCUGAAGAAGGGCGAACUGGCACUGAGACGAAUCAACCGAGCUGCUAGAAUCAGCCGACAGAAGGAACUCAAGGCCGCAGCCUUACGUGAUUCGAUGAGCAAACAGCGACACGAAGCAUGGGAAGGCAUGAUGACCAAUAUGCUUAGACAAGCAGGCUCGUCAAGCGGUGCAGUUGAGAUUGCCGAUCAUAGUGCGAUCGUUGAUUUCGGCACCAGGUAUGGCAGGAAAGGUGUGCCUAAAAAUGCUCGACGGCCUCAAGCGGAUAUCCCUAACGGUGUGGUCUGAUAAGUUGUUGAAAGAAAUGUUCAAGCGCUUGCGAGACACUUCUUAUUUUGACUUGGUGAGCUUUUCAAGCUAGAUUUCGGUCUGGAAUAGGGUGAGAUCUAGGUAAGGCACCAGCCACCUCUUGCUUUCAAAAUCACAUCGAUCCUCUAACUAAUAAGUAGUUGCUUAAGCCGCUAUCCUAUAAUGAAGACCGAAUGUUCUCUGGUAAGGCAUAAUGAGCGUGGUCUUCGUUAUAAGAUGUGACAACGGUCGUGGUAUGCAUAUACCGUCACGAUUUCGUGUAUUAUUUGCUUACGAAAUUUGUGUUUUAUUAUGAUUAUUAUUAAGAGAAGGGAGAACAGGCCUUUCGUUGGACUCAGAAGAAUGAAGAUGAUUCCAUGGCAUGGAGUUACGAGAGGCGUUAUGAUUUGGAA